GGACGUACCGUUGGCUCGCUCACUGGCUCUAACCCUGACUCUCCGCCUCACAAUUUACGGUUCAAACGGAUGGCGGAAUGGGGCAUUUUUUGAAAAAGCGCUCCCAUUUCCGUAGUGUACCGGUGGUAGAGCAAAGAGUAUCCGGAGCACCUCUAUCAUAAAACAGAUCAGAUCAGAACAGGAGAAGAGACCAUGAUGAAAUUAUCAAGCUCUCGCGCUGCUAGGAGUAGACGCCACGGAGGACUGUUACCCAUGGGAAUCCUGCUGAGUCUUCUGCUCCUUGCUCCGGUCUCCUCCCAGACUUAUCCUCAAGAAUGCGCCAACUACGCUCCACCAGCAGUCAUCAAAGGCAACAAGAUCUUCGUCAGCACUACCGGAGAGUAUCUACCAAUCAAGGGCAUCAACUAUUAUCCUCGACCUAACGAUGGAGACUUGGUGUUGGGGAACUCUCAAGACUUCUACUCGGAAGAAUUUCGAAGCAGUUGGGAGCGUGACAUUGCUCACUUCCAAAAUCUUGGUAUCAACGCCAUUCGUCUCUAUGCCGUAAAUCCAGGACUGAAUCAUGAUGGGUUCAUGUGUGCUCUCAAAGCAGCGGGAAUUUAUGUGAUUGUUGGAUUGGCAGCAGACUGCGAGAACUGUGCGGUUCAGUGGCAAGAUCCACCCAAUUGCUACCCCCUCAGGCUCCAACAACGAGGGCAAUUCAUCAUUCAACAGUUUGCUCGUUAUGAGAAUGUCUUGGGCUUCAGUGCUGGGAAUGAAGUUUCGUUGAGUGCAUACUCGGAUAAGGGCAAUCUACCCUGUCAAAAGAAGUUUAUCCGUGACAUGAGGGCCUUCAUUCAGCAAUGUGCCGCUAGCAGUGGCAUGAGGCAUAUUCCCGUUGGAGUCAUCUUUGCGGAUCACGAUCGUGAAAUCAAGGCCCAGUAUUACAAUUGUCGUUCCGAUCCUCAAGAUGACUUGGAAGAAGCGGAGUUUCUGGGAAUCAAUAGUUACCUGCAUUGUGACGGCAGUGCCACAGAUAUUGAUGAGCUCAUUGGAUAUAAAACUCUCUUGGCAGGCUUUCAAUCCUGGGGCCUCACUGUUCCUGCCUUGUGGACGGAGUUUGGCUGUUUGAAUGAUUCCUUUGAGACUAUUGGGGAUCACCAAGCUCAGAGGAACUUUCUCCAGGUAGAUGCACUGUUUUCACCCGAGUACAGAGAAGUUUUCAAUGGCGGAUUUGUUUUUGAAUACUCAACAGAGAAAGUGUACAGUGAGAGCCAAGCCCCUUUUCCAUUUACCGGCUUUGGUCAUGGCAAUUAUGGCGUGGGGUACUUUUCUCCUGAGAACUGCAAUGGUAUUGACAUCCCUUGUGAGUACAUUCCAAAACCCCAGUUUCAGUCAUUGGCCAGUCGCUACAAUGCCGUAGAUGCUGCUGUGGCCAAUGAAGUGACCCUGAGCAGCUUCAAUCCACCGGUGCUGGAUCCACCAGCUUGUCCUACUGAAGUCCCCGCGUUGAGCCAGUUUGUAUGGCCCACGGAUGACCCAAACAUUCAACCCCGGCAAUGUCCUGUUUUGGUUCCAGUCUACUGCUUUGGAGUACCAGGCGAUUGUGUCACUGUGCCGCAUCCGUCCACGGAAAUCUUGGACACUGGCGCUAUCGACGAAAUCUUUGACACCGACCCUGUCAACGUUGAACGAGUCACCAAUACAACGGCACCGGUGAAGACUUUGUCUCCCACUACGUCCGCUGUCGUCACACAGUCACCAACUACCAAUGCGCUCACAACAACAACGACAGCUCCAUCGUUUGCAGAGUCGCCCGGCACUGCUUCACCGUCGUUAAGGGCCACUAGUAGCACUACCAGUACACCAACUGUGGCCCCCAUUGUCACGGCAGCACCGACGGGAGUGACCUCAGAUCCCACAGCACCCCCCACUGUAGUAGCCACCCCGGAACCAACGACAGGUGAACCAACCAGGCAGCCGUCGGCAAGGCCAUCCACGGCUUCUCCUACCUUUACGCCAACCGAUGGCCCGUCUGCUAGCCCAUCAGCGACGAUCGAAGCCCCCGCAGAGGAUGGAGAAACUGGCAGCGAUCUCGAUACAGUGGAGGGUAUCUCAUCAUCAGGGCAAGACGUCUCGAACACAACAAACGGCAGUAACACUACCGGAGACGACUUGACGGAAGCGCCAACGUUUGAACCAACAGAAGACUUGGAGCUGCCCGCCGUGGAGGGAGAAGCAACCUCUUCCUCCCCGCUCUUGGCAAGGAGGGGUCUUUGGGUCACGGUUGGAGCAUUGGUCGGGUUGAAGAUGCUGCUCUAGUUGGCUGUAGCAAGCUGGCUGGCUACCUACACUGUUAGUUUUGAGCUGGUUUAAAUAAUCAAUUGUAACAGUUCCCAUUUUGAUUUUCUUG